CUAUUGCUAGCCGGUCUUGUUUCAAUUUUUAUUUUUCCAAAAAUGGCCUUGGCAACUUCCUAUGUCAUUCUUUGGGCCUCUCAGACAGGCAAUGCAGAAUGGAUAGCAAAAAACAUUCACACAGAAGCCAAAAAUAAAGGUUACAGAGGUGAAUGUUACCUAAUGGACGAAUGGGAAAAGGCCAAUCUUGCGACAACUAAAGUAAUCAUCUUUGUGGCCUCUAACACGGGUGAUGGCGAUCCCCCAGACAACGCACUCAAAUUUUGGAGAUUCUUCAGACGUAUGAAGCAACCUGACUACCUUGCUCAUGCACAAGUUACUCUUCUCGGUCUAGGGGAUACUAACUACAGCAAUUACAAUAAUACUGUAAAACGGCUCGAAAAGAAGGCUAAGGAACUUGGUGCAACUGUGUUUUACGAAAAGGGUCUUGCAGAUGAUGCUGAAGGCCUCGAAACUGUGGUUGAUCCUUGGAUCGAAAAACUUUGGACAGUCCUUCCUUCUGUUUUGCAAAAACAAGAUGAUAUUAAUGUGCCAAAAGAAGCUGACUCGGCAGAUGAAACAGUCAGCGUUGAAUCUGUUACAAAGAAUGUCCAGGACAUGAGUGUAUCUGAUCCAUAUACAAAUGAAGCCAGGCGUACAGCCUUGCCCAAGGAGGCCCAGAAAUACACCGACCUUCCCAAUAGCUUGAUCAACAAGGACGCUACUCCAGAAGCAGAUGGCGCAAAUACAAAUCUCGCUUCUGGACAUCCCUUGACUAUUGACCUCUCGGGACUCAAGCCAGGUAUGGGCUUGACAGCCCUGCCAAAGGUUCCUGCAUCAAUCACCCAUCUCGAACGUCUCGAUGUAAAGACGGUUGCAAACGAAGCUCACAGAAUCCCUGAAUUUAUCAACAUUCCUAGCCCCUUGAUCGAUGCUGCAGUCACCAAAGUACAGUGUCUCACCACAAAAGACGCCUUAAAACGUACUUUGUUUGUCGAAUUAGAAGUGGAUAAGGAAAUCCAAUUCGAUCCUGGAGAUGCAUUCGGUAUUCUGGCUCCCAAUGACGAUGAGUUGGUCGAAGGGGUUUUGGCCCGAUUGGUGCCUUUUGAAGAAAGACAUGAAGUAUUGUAUGCAAUUCGUGGAGAAGAUUUACCUUCGCAUCUCCAGAAUGCUUCACGUGUUACACUCGUAGAGCUUUUAAAACAUGGACUUGAUCUUACCAGUCAACCUAGAAAGGCAUUGUUUAGACUUUUGGCUGAAUACACCACAGAUUUGCAGGAAAAAACAAUACUCAUGUACAUCUGUAGUAAACAAGGUGUGUCACAGUUUAAUGCUAUUCGCGAACAAUCUCCAACAUUGCUUGAUAUACUUGCCACAUUUCCGUCCUGUAAACCCCCGAUUUCUCGUCUUCUCGACGCACUUCCUCCCCAUAUGCCUCGCUAUUACUCCAUAAGUAACUCACCUUUGAAACAUCCGGGAAAAAUCUGCUUUGCAUUUAAUGUUAUCAACUACACCACUGCCCACAACGUAAAGCGUAAGGGCGUUGCUACCCCUUGGAUUGAUGCCUUGACCGGUCUUGUUCCUGCUAGAAUCAAAAAACCCACGACAGUCGAGUUUCCUUCCGGACUACUUCAUAUCCCUAUUUUUAUGAAGCCUAAUGCCAACACAUUUACUCUUCCUACCGACACCACACGACCUCUGGUCCUCAUAGGUCCUGGUACUGGCAUUGCUCCGUUCAUUGGAUUUUUAGAACAUCGUCAAACCCAGCGCAAAAUCCGCAAGGCCAUGGGUGGCGUAGGAACUAAUCCUCUAAGAGACAUUCAAAAGGAGUUUGGGGAUAUUUGGGUUUAUUAUGGUUUCAGAGAGACCACAAAGGAUUAUCUAUUUGAAGAUGAUCUUGAAAACUUUGUCAAGGAUGGUACUGUCAAAAAGUUAGAGCUGGCCGUCAGUCGUAAAGGAAAGGACAAGGUGUAUGUUCAAGACCUUUUGAAGCGCGAUAUAGAUGGACUCUAUGAGAUGAUCGUAAACAAAAAUGCUGUUGUUUAUAUAUGCGGUGAUGCAAAGGGAAUGGCCAAGGGUGUACACGAUGCACUUGCUGACAUGCUUUGUGAAAAGCAAGGUUUAGAUAAGCUGGAGGCAAACAAGCUGCUGAUCCAGUGGAUGAGUGAACGCAAAUAUUUGCGUGAUUUGUGGGCAUAAUUGACGAGUAUUUGUUGUAAUAUAUUUGUAUAUAUUUAUAUUAUAAAGAUCAUAAUAAUAUAAUAUACUCGCACACAGUCAAAAAAAGAGGUGUUUGAUUGAGAUAUGGCUAAUAACCAGC